UCCUGGAGAUUUGACAAAGAUUAUCGUGGAUUUUGAAAAAUGUUUAACAAAACUACUACCGGGUACCGUAACGAAACCAGCAACCAGCAACUAGCGAGCAGUAGUAGAAUGGGCGGCGACUUCCUGGUUUAUUUAGUACAACACCUUGACUGCAAUAGUUUUGGUGUAAAGCACGUAGUUUAACUAAUCCGGAGGUGCUGUAUUGGCUAAAGUUUGAGAGGAAAAGGCGUGUCAAGUUCCCGGUUAAAACGAUCUUUCAUCCAAUAAUAAUUCUCACAGGUGUACCAGCAGGUGAGAACCAAUGGUCUUCCAGGUCGGCCAUGCACGCAGGCCCUAAAUGAUUCUAAUAACCGGUAAUUAUCACUUGUAUCUCGGUCUCGGAGCUACAACCAGAGACAGAGAGUGGGUGGCUGAUUCAGUGGAUAUGACACGUCGUACCAUCUCGACCAGGCUACUCGGGAGUCCUCGAUUCUUCACCAGCUAGUGUGAAAUAUCGCGACCAAGUGUUACAACCGUAUCUUGCUUUACAUUCCGUCUCACUUUUACUUGUUGUGACUUACCCUGUACUGAUACAAGUAAAGAGUUACUUUUAAAUACGUCAUCAUCAUCAUCAUCAUCAUCAUCAUCAUCCUGAUCGUGGUUGAUGUCUGGUAAUGUACUAGAAGACAUUACUUGUUUUGUUGAUGAUGAUUCUCACCGCAACAUAUAUAUAAUAUGUUAAUACCCACAUAUGUUAUAAAUAUAUAUAUAUAUAAGUAUAUAUGAAAGAUAUUUAAACAAAGUAAACGACAACUGAGUAGUAAUUAUUUUGUUUAGUCAAGUGUUAGUGUCUUGCCGUAAAACGGCCCCGGGCAAUUAUUAAAUCACGUUUCUAAUUGAUAAAUUCAUCAAAUAAUAACAAUAAUAAUAUAUUAUAGUUGCAAAAAAUGCAAUCAACGACGACCUUAGAUCUUGAAGGAUCUACCGGCAGGUCGUCUGGCUGCUGUGGAGAUGGCGACCACCGAGGGGCUGAAGAUGAUGAUGACCGCUCAGAACGCGCGAGAUCCUGCCAAUUGUCUCUCUCGCUGGAGGAUCGCGAGCUCUGGACUAGGUUUCAGACUAUCACCAAUGAGAUGAUUGUUACCAAAAAUGGAAGACGGAUGUUUCCAGUUGUAAAAGUUGUUGCGAGAGGUUUAGAACCGGCGGCGAUGUAUACCUUGCUUCUGGAAUUUGUACAGAUUGAUCCUCACAGAUGGAAAUAUGUGAACGGUGAAUGGGUACCAGGUGGUAAAGCUGAAAUAGCACCACCAAAUCCAAUCUAUAUUCAUCCAGAGAGUCCGAAUUUCGGCGCCCAUUGGAUGAAAGAAGCAAUAUCAUUCGCAAAAGUUAAGCUCACUAACAAGUCAAACGGCAAUGGCCAGAUAAUGUUGAAUUCUUUGCACAAAUACGAGCCCCGAGUGCACUUAGUUCGCGUUGGUGCUGAAGAACAGCGAACGGUUCUGACAUACAGAUUUCCCGAAACACAAUUUAUCGCCGUAACUGCGUAUCAAAAUGAAGAAGUUACAGGGUUGAAAAUAAAAUACAAUCCCUUCGCCAAGGCAUUUUUGGAUGCUAAAGAACGACCUACAGAUCACCAAACAUAUCCUCAAUACACAAGCGCUUGGUUUUUACCUCAACCGGCAAUGACUUAUGAAUACGCUCCACCGUCGGCGAUAGCAAUGACUCAAAGUCAAGUACCUAAUUCAUCGUGUAAUCUGUCAAAUACUUGUACAGUCUCACCAGGAAGUCAUAAAAAUUCAUGUAGAACGUCACCUUAUACUAUUAGACAUAAAUAUCUUCAAGAAGAAGAAAAUGUCGAUCCCUACGGUACAGUACCACUUCUUCACUCAGCAUACGUAACAAGUAAUUGGUCACCCCGAAGUCCUGAGCCAUUACCAGCAUUGAAUCCAUCAUUGCCACAAGAAUGGCCAGCGUCGCCUCUACCAUCACCUACUUCCUCGUCACCGGCGCCUUACACCCACCUGUCUCCACUCGGAAGACCGGGCAAUUCAUCAACGGUACCCACGACCUGCACAUUUUAUAUUCCUCAAGCUUGCAACACAACCCACGAACACGAGUCGUCGAAUUGGUUGCAUCCUGGGAUAUCCGACCAAGUGACUCAGCAGCAGCAACAGCAACAGUCUUACUUGAACCUGAACCUCCACCUGCAUCACCAAUUACCGACUUACUCUCCUCGCGGAACUACUCUUCAGGUUCUCCAGCAAGCCAAUGACAUCACGCAGCAUUCAACCGGACAGGAGCACGCGUACGACCAUCAGGGAUAUCAUCAGUCUCCAGAUCAAACUCACCCUGACCAGACUCAUCUGCUAGAGUUGCACUCUCAGAGCGAACCGACUUCGGCUAUUUCUGGUGAUCAAUAUGACCCCAAAACUCACAACCAGAAUCAUAGUCAUAAUCAUGAUUUAACUGGCUAUCAGGAUAAUCAAGACAAUGACUCACGAGUGAGCGAAGCCAGACGCUAUGUUACCAGUGUAAUUGAUCAUCGACACUCGGUAGUUUCUCCAGCAGCUGCUUCUGCGACUGCUGUCAGCAAUCAAAGAGAUCCAGGGGAUGGAGAUAAUCAAACUUGGACUCCGCUAACUCCAUCCUCGGUCACACAAAACUCCAGUAUUUGACAAAAUAACUUUUUUACAAUACAAUACAUUGUUUUGCGUUUUUAAAGAUAAAAGUUACAAGAUAUAGGAUGUAGAAAAUAAAAAUUUUAUUUUC